AUGAAGAUUUUAAUAUUUUAGAUUCUUUUGGCAUAUUUGAAAAAUUAUGCCAUAUGUAGUAUUAUCUUAGAAGAUUAGAGAUAUAAUUUUCCAUUAGAAGCCAACAACUCCAAUACAAUUUAUUUGAAUGAUUAUACUUAGGAGAUUGUUUAAGCCCCGUAUUAUUCAAUUCAAAGUUCUAACUAAUUCAAUUUAAAAAUUGAUUAAUCAAUAUCACAACUUGGGAACUUGAAUUUUAGUAAAUUUUAUGAAUAAUAUUAGAUUAAUCAAUAAGAAUAGGAAGUAAUUUUAUUGCUCAAUCUGGAGUGUAUUCUAAUUGUUUUUGGGCCUUAACUGAAGAAUAGACACUUUUUAAAGGAUUAAUAAAAACAAAUGGAGAAAUAUAAAUGACUUAAUUAGAUUUUAUGAUUUCAAUGGGUAAUAUAAAUUAUAGAUUGUAGAUUGUUUUUAAAUUAGUUUAAUUAUGAAUGAUUUCUUGAUGUUGAGUUGUUUUAACAAUGGAGAUUUAUGCUUUUCAAUUUUAAAUACUACCAACUUUGAAAGUACAGAAUUCAUCGUUAAUUAUACAUUAUCAUCAUAAUAUUAAAAUCCAAAUGUUUAAAUCCUUUCUGUAAACAAUACCAAUUUUACUUUUUGUUUGAUAUAUACAACACCUCUUAAUGCACAUAUUGUUUAUUUUACUAAUAAUUAAAUUGAUAUAGAUUUGAUAGAAGAAAAAAUUUUUGAAGGGUUAUUUACAAGGGCAAUCUUAUCAGAAAAUCAAAAUUUCCUAUUUAUGAUAAAUAGUAAUUAUGUUUAUUUAGCUGAUUUAACAGAAAAUACAGGAGUUUAAAUAAUAAUAAAUUAGCAUAUUUUAAAUCCGAAAGAUCAUCAACCUAUUACAGAAUUUUAAAUUUUUUAGAUUAAUAAAAAUAUUUUCCAUAUAGUAGUUUUAUAAAAUAAGAUACUUAAUUCUUUUUUAUUUGACUCUUAAUUUAUUGAAUAAAAUGCUUUAAUAAAAUAAUUUUAGUUGAAUGAGUAUCAUUAAAUUAUUCAAUUUGAGGUUACUUUAUACAAUAUUUACUUGAUUACAGAUACUUUCAUUAUAAAACUAUUAUGCAAAAAUUCUAUUAAAGCUACAAGCUAUCAUUAACUAAAUUUUGGAAACUACGCAUUUUUAUAACUCUUACGUAAAAUUGCGGUGGUUCAAGAAUCUUUUAAUAAUAAUACAACUAUAAUUUCUACAUACUUAAUGAAUUAACCUUAAAUAUUUAUUUCUAAAGAUAUCACAAAAUUGAUGGAAUUAUAAGUAGUGCCAGAAUAGCUUAAUAUUUAAGUUACUUCGAUGUUAAGUUUCAAAUAAAUUCAUUGCAAUUUUUCAAUUUAAUUAAUUUUAAUAGAUAUUAGAAAAAUUUAAUAACCAGUCUUAUUUCAACAAAUAUUGAAUGAUUAAGUAUUUAGAUUUCCUGAAUAAAAAGUUAGAUAAGAAAGUUAAAUAUUUUAUGGUCCUAAUUUGACUCUAGCAAUUUUAUCUAGUAAAAAUUAAUAUCUUUCAGUAUAUACACUUUUACAUACUUUUUCAUAAUUUUCAUCCCCAAAUGUCAUUUAUCAAAUAGGAUGUACAUUUUUUUAGUCAGAGUAAAUUCUUUGCGUUUAAUUCUCAAACAAAAUUAUACAAAUUUCCAAUAGUAAUUAAAAAUCACAAAAUUUGAUAAGAACUACCUUAACUUUGAUUAAAUGCUCUUGUGUUAAAUCUGAAUCAGUAAUUAAUGUUAUUAUGUAAUUUAAAUUUACAGUAUAUGUUCAAUAAUAUAAUUAUGAUUUGAUUCCUAUUAAUUUUAUUGAAUUUCCAAACUAAAUUGAGAUAAUUAGUGCUACAAUAUUAAAAAAGAUAUUAUUUAUUGUCUUUAUUAAUGGUUAAUUGACAGCAACAACUUUAUCAGAUUAGUAAUUAUAAUUUUAGAUAUCUAACUUUAAAAUAAAUCAGAUUUAUACAAAUCAAGUUGAUUACCCUGAUAAUCUAUUUUUAGAUAGUUUUUCUGAGUUAAUAAUUUUAGCAUAUAACGGAAAAUAGUCAUAUGAAAUUGUUAAUUCUAUCACUUACCCUCUUUAGGAAUAUGAAAAUAUUGGUAUAGGUAUUUUAUAAGAUGGAAUAUAUUUUGCCUAUCGCAAUAAAACUCAAAGUUUUCUAUAUUUUUAUCCAAAAGAAAAUAUUUUCAUAUAAAAUAGCUAUUAAAAUUACUUUUAGGUUUAUUUAGAUGACUAUCAAAUUUAUUAAUAGACCAACAUUUUGAGUGCUUUUUCAUCAAAUAAUUUCUAUUUAAUAUUGGAAAAGGAUAAUUUUUGCUAUUUAUCUUAGUAUUAAGCAACUGGAACAUCUUACUCUGCUUUAAAGAGUUCUUAUUGGAUUUUUGAUGCUUCAUAAUAUUCUCUCCUCUAAUUGAGUAUUAUAUCUUAAAACGAAAUCAAAUUUGAGGUAGAAAUAAUUUAUAUCAACACUGAUUCUUAUAAGUUAAUACAGUAUCCAUUUUUGAGUUAUGAAUUUAUGUUUACUACACAUUACAAUGAAAAUGAUAUAACUGAGUAACUUCACAUACUAUAUAGCGCAGAAAAUGGAAAUUUCAUUUAAUCGAUUUUAUAGAAUGUAACUAUAAUUUAUGAAAGCAAUUUAUUAGUAGCUAUUAAUUCUGAUAAUGAAAAAGUUUAUUAAAUUGAAGAUUAUGCAAAUAUUAAAAUUAAUCCAUCACACCUUUUUUUUGGAAAUAUUUAGAAUUAUACAGUAAUUUGUGAUUUAUGUAAAUCUUUUAAUUAUAUUUAACCAAUUGAUAAAAUUAAUUCCUACUCCUUAAACAUAGGCUAUCAAAAAAUUUUAAAUUAAAAAGAUUUCAUUUAUAUAUCAGAUUAAUAAAAUAACUUAUAUUAAUUUCAUCCUGAAAUCAGAUAAUUAUCUAUGCUUUAUAGAUUAUAAGUUUAAAAUGAUUAAAAAUGUGAAGCCCUUUUCAUUGAAAUCUAAACUUAAUUUCCUGUGUAAAUUUGUUCUGGAGAAUCAACCUAUAUAUAUGCAUUCAACACAUCUUCAAAUUAAAUUAUUACAUAUGAGUUUUCAGAAAUUAGUUCAUAUUUUAGUUCAGACUACAAAAAUUGUAUUCUUUAAGUAUUUACUAAUAAUGAAAGGACUAAAUUAGAUUAUUUUGCAUUUUAUUUUUGGAUUUAAAAUAACGAAAUAAAUCUCAUGUAAAUUUAUAAAUCAAUAGCAGUAUGCAGCUUUUGUUAGGUUACUUAUGUUUAUUUAAGAUUAUCAUAAAACUUUACUUCUCAGCCUUGUUAAAUAUUUGGAUUCAUGACUACUAGUAGCAGUGGUUCUGGUGAUAAUAUAGUUUUUAAUCUACAAAAUUGCAUUCCUACAAAAAUUUGUAUAAUUUAUGGAUUUACACCUAAUGUAACUAAUUCAUAAGGUAAUAUUUAUUUUACUAAAUCUGUUUGGAAAUUAAAAGAAAAAGUUCUUUUUAUUGAACCAUUUUAUCAACCUACGAUGUAAUUUGGAACUUCGAAAUAAAUUUCUGAAACAAUUAUUGAAGCUAAAUUUAUUGUCUCCUUUCUAGAUGCUAUUGAUUUGUAUCUAAUUUUAUUUAAUUCAACUAAUGGUGAAAUUAUUUCUUUCGCAAAAGAUCAAAGCUUUUACUUAGCUUGCAGCCGUCAUAUUUCAUUAUGUACAAUAAAUGAAGGGGCUGAUGAUAUGUUGUUAAUUUAAAACUCCCAGCAAAAUGGAUUUUAUAUCCCUCAAAUCUACUCAUAUGAGGAUCAGAAAUAUGAAUUAGAUAUCAAUACUUAAAAAAUGAAUAGAAUUAUAGGGUUUGAAAAUAUUCAAUUUGUUUCUAAAACUUCAGACAUGACUGCUUCAUUAUCUGGUAACUAUUAUAUUUUAGGGAAUCAUACUCAUUCUCAAUUAUACUAUGUUUAAAAUUAUCUAACAUUAUAAAUUGAUUUAAAAGGAAUUCAAAAUGCUUAAAUUGAUAUCAUCAGCCAUAAUCCCUCUAAAUAAAUUAAAUUAUCCUUCCCUGUUUUCAAUCAAAAUUAUAUAAUCAAAUCUAACAGAGUAAUUCUAUAUAUAGUAUUUUGUUUUCUAUUUCUUAUCAUUAUACUUCUUUUGAUAUUAUCAAGGUAUUGCUUAAAAAAUAGGAAAGAAUAAACACUUAGGCCUUUAAGUUAUGAACUGAUUGAAAAGUGA